GGCCAAAGCCUACAAUAUAAAAUGGAAAAGGACCUCGAAUUUUUGAUCAACUCAUUGUCGCUGUCCGAUUCACCGCUGUGGUCAUCGUACAGCAAGGAUCAGUUAAUAGAUAUGCGGGAGUCCUUUGUCACGCUACAGCAGCUGUUACGCCACUAUCCCAAAGAUCUGGAGCAGGGGCCAAAGUAUCCGGUGCGCGUCAAGGCUGGCGGCAAUACGGUAUAUCAACCAAAUGUCAUAGAACUGUCAAGAACAAAAGUGCCUCAGAUGAACUUGAAGUUGCACACCGAACCCAAAUCGUCGAUGACCUCGUUAUCCAGUGAUAGCAGCAGCAAUAUGGUCAGCAGCUCCCACUCUCUGACAAACGAUGAGAAACAGGAGGUAGCCAGACAGGCCGAUGAUGAGACCAGUUCGACAGACAACUUCCUAGCGCUGGUGCCUUACCAGGAGCAGGAUUCCAGCCAGGAGCUGGUACGCUAUGAAAAUGACGAUUCCGAUACGCUGUGUGCCAGUUCCAGCUCUGAUUCUCUUCAUGGUUUGGGGUCCGACUCGGGGGCCAGGUCCAUUGGCAGCUCAUCCGUCGGUGAAAUCUCCUUCAGCAUUGAACUGCCCAUGGAGUAUGUCUGGCAUAACAUUGACUACAAGGCGGAAAGCACGGAUAGUGAAAUGACCAUCAAAGCGGAUGGUUUUAAAUAUAUUUUGAACAAUUAACACAAGCAAACGUGAUUGAAAACAUCAGUAUAAUCAUUAAAUUAAAAUGCAUCGCUUGAUUCUGCUUACAA